GGAGACUUCGGCCUCUUUGUAGCGGCUUUUCAGUCUCCUCAUUUCGCACGAAAGCGCGAAGUCUCGUGUUCGGAACUAGAAAGAUGUAGUUUUUUUGUUUUUCCCUUUUAAAAGCUUCUUUCUCUGUUUGAGGAUUCUGGUAUUGAAAUCCGUCGACAUUCCAUGGUUUUGGAUUUGAAUCUUCUUCUGUAAUCUGGUCUGGUAUAUUCAAUGGCGGAAAGAGAAGGGAAUAGCUGCGAUUUUUAUGCGGUUUUGGGGUUGAAGAAGGAGUGCUCGGCUUCGGAGCUGAGAAACGCGUAUAAGAAGCUUGCUCUGAGAUGGCAUCCGGACCGUUGCUCUGCUUCUGGGAAUUCAAAAUUCGUGGAAGAAGCGAAGAAGAAAUUCCAGGCAAUACAGGAAGCUUAUUCAGUCCUAUCUGACGCGAGUAAAAGGUUUCUAUACGACGUAGGAGCCUACGACAGUGAUGAUGAUGAAAACGAAAUGGGCGAUUUCUUGGGGGAAAUGGCUGCUAUGAUGAGUCAGAGCAAGCCCAAUGAGAAUGGGGUGGAGAGCCUGGAGGAGCUGCAGGAACUGUUCGAUGAAAUGUUCCAACGAGACAUGGACGGCAUCGGUUCCACUUCUCAAAGCGCUGCUGACUAUGACCCUUCCUCUUGCAAUUUCUCCUGUUCCUCUAACAACAGUGGCGGCGGCGGCGGCGGCGGCAACAAGAGAGACUCCGCUGAUAUGAAUUCGGGAAAGGCGAAAACCGCUGCGGCCUGUUUCGACUUCUCGGGCUUUGAAUCGGGUCCGGGUUUUUGCUUUGGGGCGGAGAAUGCGGAAGAAGGCUCGAGGGGUAGAAGCGGGGGUAAGCGAAGGAACGGUCGGAAACAGAAGGUCUCUUCUGGACACGACGUGUCGUCCCGAAACGAGAAGAUUUCGGCCUGAAAUACCGAUCCCUUGCGCCCUAUCUUCAAUCUCUUCCAUUCGCGACGGACCGAAACGGAAUGAUUGCUGGAAAAGCAGAUGCGCGCGCGUGGAAAGCUGUUGUUGUCAAACGCGGUGUUUCCUGUCAGACCCAAAAGUCGGUUUGUGCUGUGGGGUUCGCGUUUUAAGCCCACCUCUCUGCUUUCUGUUUCUCGAGUUUGGGAUUUCAAGCUGCAAAUCUCUCUCGUUCUCUUGUUUCCAUUACAGUUGAGUCGACUCAACGAUUCCUGCAAGAUUUCUUAACCACUGUUUGGAGUGGAUUUGUAAAAUGGAUAUCUGAAUUAGUAUUAAAUCCGAUUUAGUUGUUGGUUGAAA